UACUACUACAAACAAAACACAUAAUUAAUGAGUGCGAUAGAAAAAAAGAUAGAGAUGGAGGAUGAGGAGAAGGAGAUGAUUGAUCAUUGGAGCCACAAGCAUCCACUUACUCUGGUGGAUACCACUGGAAGCGAUAGAUGUUAUGGUUGUGAACGUUCAUUUAGUAGCGGAGAGCAAGCUUAUGGGUGCAGCAUCCCGGGAUGCGAGUAUUCGGAGCUAUUACACGAAGAAUGUUCAGCGAUGGCGAGAGAGAUACGACAUCCAUUGCACACUCAACACAUACUCAGCCAACGCCACAGUCAAGAAUUAUUUAGGUGUCUUAUCUGCGAAGGUAUUAUUUAUAGCAUUGGUUACAAAUGUACAAGCUCGGGAUGUGGAUACCAGGUGCACCUUAUGUGCGCGCACGACAAGGGCGUGGUCGAUGCAAAUCACCCCGAACAUGAAUUGAAGCUGUGGAGGAGAAGAUGUUCCUUCAAGUGUGACGCUUGCGGCAUCACAAGCAGGGGAAGCUCCUACACAUGUAUCAAGGGUGAUUGCCAAUAUUGGAUCCAUGUGAGAUGUGCUUCAUUGCCUCAAACUCUCAAAAGGGAAGACCAUCAUCACUCUCUGUCUCUCUCUUCAUACAUCCCACCUGAAUAUAUCAAAUAUAAUUACAAGUGUGAUGUGUGCAGCAAAGCUUUGCUGCUCAAAUAUUGGAUAUAUCAUUGUCAAAUAUGUAGGUUUAUUGUCCACAUCAAAUGUGCCUUCAACAAGCCGCCGCCUCCCCUCACUGAUGCAUCCAUCGGGAAAGACAUAGUCCGUCUUCCAAUGAAUGAGGUGGCCGUGGAACUAGUUACACCGUUUGUGAUGAGACAAAGAGGAGGAGAAGUAGGAACAUUGAUACCACCCUUCCUCAUCCCUGCUACUGCUGUUUUUGAUGAAGAGGAUGAGUUGGUGAAUAUGAAAUAUAAGUUCCUUCAUCACCAACAUCACCUCACUUUAGUCUCAUCCACAUCUCAACACCCUCAAAUCCUAGGAGAAGAAGAAGACGAGGAGAACUAUGGAGUGAGAUGGGAAUUGAUAUGCGAUGGGUGCAUCACUCCUAUAUCAUCAUCAUCAUCAUCAUCAUACUACUAUAUGAGUUGCAGUGAAUGCAAAUACAAUCUUCACUUGGCUUGCUUUCACUUGCCGCCUCAACUCUACUCACUUCCACUCCACCAACACGAUGAUCACCAGCUUGUUCUCCAAUCUUGUGACAAACAUCAACCUUGGAACUACGAAACUUGCAGUGUGUGUGAGUAUCCUAUGAAUGGGCUGUUUUACAGUUGUACAGCGUGCGACUUCGAAGUCGAUAUCAAGUGUGCUUGUAUGCCGGAUACCAUACAUCACGCAGCUCACCCGCGACAUCUCCUCAAGCAUGUGACCCAGUCGGAUCUAGGCAGAGAUAUCAACCGAUGGAGCUUGUCGUGUGCAGCUACGUGUGGCCAACACGUAGUCAAUUAUGAUUGUUACAGGUGCUGCAACAGCUCAUGCGAUUUCAUUGUGCAUGUCAGAUGCGCUGUGCUGCUGGCAUCAGUCAGCAGCCGUAGAUGGGACGAGCAACACCCGCUGCUGUUAACGUACGACGCCACUGUCAAUCGUCCUGGCGAUUUCUACUGCGAUCAAUGCGAAACACAAAUGAAUCCCAGGAGUUGGAUGUAUCACUGCCGCCCCUGCGAUGUAUCCUUCCAUCCACGAUGCUUUAUAACUACAUCCGGAGAGUAUAGAAACAUCAAGAUGGGUCAGGAAUAUGAUGUGAAUGAAGAAACCCAUCCACACCCUCUCACCUUUCAACUUCUCACCACAAAACGCCGCUGCAACAUUUGUCAUAUUAAUAAUUAUGAACUUCAAGGAUUUUACUGUGCAUUAUGCAACUUCUUCAUUUGUUACAAUUUCUGCGGGAAAGGCAUGAUCGCAAAAGGGGACUUGAAGGCAGUUGAUUUAGGGAAAUUAUCUGUUUUAGAUCAUUAGUUCGUUCAUUACAUUGUGCUGUGUUAUGUUUAAUUCACUUAAAGUACUACUAUUUGUUUUACAUUAAAUAUGAAUGUGAAGGAUUUUACUAUGUACAAAUUAUCUAUUAUGAUUGUUACAG